CCCAGCACCGGCAUCUGAAGACCCCAUGGCCCUGGCUCCCUGGGGAUGCUGCCCCUGGCUUGUCCUCCUCUGUGCUUGUGCCUGGGGCCGCCCAAAGUCACUGGACCUGAGAGAGGAUGUGAGAAACUGUUCAAGCAGCCCUCCGUACCUUCCAGUUACUGUGGUCAAUACCACAGCGCAGCUCACAGCCCUCCGCCAGCAGAUGCACACCCAGGAUGUCUCUGCCUACAUCGUCCCGGACACGGAUGCUCACAUGAGCGAGUACAUCGGCGACUAUGACAAGAGGCGUGCGUGGAUUACAGGCUUUACAGGGUCUGCAGGAGUCGCCGUGGUGACCAUGGGGAAAGCCGCUCUCUGGACCGACAGCCGCUACUGGACCCAGGCUGAGCGGCAGAUGGACUGCAACUGGGAGCUCCAUAAGGAAGUUGGCACUACUCCUGUUGUCACCUGGCUCCUCACCGAGGUUCCUAUUGGAGGGCGUGUGGGCUUCGACCCCUUCCUCUUCUCCAUCAAUUCCUGGGAGAGUUACAACGUGGCCCUCCAAGACUCUGACAGAGAGCUGGUGUCCAUCACCGUCAACCUUGUGGACCUGCUGUGGGGGUCAGAGAGGCCUCCGGUGCCAAGUGAGCCCAUCUAUGCCCUGCAGGAGGCAUUCACAGGAAGCAGCUGGCAGGAGAAAGUAUCUGGCAUCCGAAGCCAGAUGAAGAAGCAUCGUGAGGCCCCAACUGCCGUGCUUCUGUCCGCACUUGAUGAGACGGCCUGGCUCUUCAACCUUCGCAGCAGUGACAUCCCUUAUAACCCCUUCUUCUAUUCCUACACGCUGCUCACUGACUCCUCCAUCAGGUUAUUUGCAAACAAGAGUCGCUUUAGCUCCAAGACCCUGCAGUACCUGAACUCUGGCUGCACGGAUUCCAUGUGUGUGCAACUCGAAGAUUACGGCCAAGUCCGUGACAGCGUCCAGGCUUACACCUCAGGAGCCGUGAAGAUCUGGAUCGGGACCAGCUACACCUCGUAUGGGCUCUAUGAAGUGAUACCCAAGGAGAAACUCAUAGCAGACACCUACUCCCCAGUGAUGGUAACCAAGGCGGUGAAAAACAGCAAGGAGCAGACCCUCCUCAGGGCCAGCCAUGUGCGGGACGCUGUGGCUGUGAUCCGAUACUUGGUCUGGCUGGAGGAGAACGUGCCCAAAGGCACCGUGGAUGAGUUCUCAGGGGCAGAGCUGCUGGAGAAGUUCCGAGGAGAAGAAGAGUUCUUCUCCGGAUCCAGUUUUGAAACCAUCUCUGCUAGUGGCCUGAAUGCUGCCCUGGCCCACUACAGCCCCACCAAGGAGCUGCACCGCAAGCUGUCCUCAGAUGAGAUGUACCUGCUGGAUUCCGGGGGACAAUACUGGGACGGGACAACAGACAUCACCAGAACAGUCCACUGGGGCACCCCCUCUGCUUUCCAAAAGGAGGCGUACACCCGCGUGUUGAUAGGAAAUAUUGAUCUCUCCAGACUCGUCUUCCCAGCUGCUACAUCAGGGCGAAUGGUGGAGGCCUUUGCCCGCAGAGCCCUGUGGGAUGUUGGCCUCAAUUAUGGUCAUGGGACAGGCCACGGCAUUGGCAACUUCCUGUGUGUGCACGAAUGGCCAGUGGGAUUCCAGUCUGGCAACAUUGCCAUGGCCAAGGGCAUGUUCACUUCCAUCGAACCUGGUUACUAUCAGGAUGGAGAAUUUGGGAUCCGUCUUGAAGAUGUGGCCCUUGUGGUAGAAGCAAAGACCAAGUACCCAGGGACCUACCUGACAUUUGAAGUGGUGUCGUUGGUGCCCUAUGACCGGAACCUCAUCGACGUCAGCCUGCUGUCCCCCGAGCAGCUCCAGUACCUGAACCGCUACUACCAGACCAUCCGCGAAAAGGUGGGCCCCGAGCUCCAGCGGCGCCAGCUGCUGAAGGAGUUCUCCUGGCUACAGCGGCACGCGGAGCCCCUGGCCUCCAGGGCAGCGCCCACUGCCUCCUUGGCCCCUCUGAUGACAGUCUCUGCUCUCACCAUCCUCAGCUGGAGUGUCUAGCAGCUCGAGACUCCCCUCCUGACCCUCUCACUCAGCUCCCCUCACCCCCCACCCGUGCCCCAAGAGCCCCUGCUGACCCAUUGCCCUUAGCCUCCUGCAGGGCCAAGCCCUAGGGGUGCAGGGCUUCUGGGUCACACCUUCGCCACCCCCAGCUCCCCCCCACACCUGGGCUUCGACAUUUCACCCUCAGCUCCCCACCCCCAAACCCC